AUGGCGCUGUUAAAUAUCCGAGCCAUGCUGAAACAGCUUCGGGAUUCUUUUGACAGCUUCGAAUCCCGCCCGCUCUCUCAUAGCGAGUCCGAAACUCUCCGUGACAUCGAGCAGAAGCUGCGGCAGAUCUCGCACCUUUUUACCAAUCUUGGCGAUAGCCAAACAUGCCACGCAACUGGUGGGCAAACCGUGGAGACCGCCGUAAUCUCGGAAGCCGCCAUAGACGCACAACUGACGCCCUCAGUAUCCCCUGCUCCCUUGAGGCUGUCUCAAACGUCGGCUAUUGAGGGCGUCAGGCCUUCAAGAGCUUGCUCUCCGCCUCGCGCGCCUGUCAACGAGAAGGAUCAAGUUUAUAGCCCAUGCACCACAAUCCCGGUAAUACCUUGCUCCGUGGCAGAAUGGAAAGACUUUCCUCGUGUUCUCAAACGCGCAUGUGCCCUUGGUGCAAAGAAUAUUGGCGCAUGCAAGGCAACACUGGAUGUAUCUGGACUGUGGCGUGAACGCCAGAGGGAUGCUGUCCGCUGCAUUGGAUAUGGCACGGAGCAGCAAGCGAGUGGAGUUUACAAAAUCGUCAUGAAAGAGACUCGACAAAAGCUGCUGUGGUCGGAAGGGCCCAUGGCUGACGUCGGUUCGAUCAUGGAAGAGCAAAUGAGCCGGCUGAAUAAUGACGAUGGAUUGUCUGGCGUGUUCUACAGAACCGAUGUACAGGUCAAAACGGCGACCCAACGCAAAGCUAUAGGGCUGGCUGAUGAGAGUUUGCUUUGGCCGCUACGAGGAAACAUGCUAGAGGAGACUGCACAUGCCAUCGAUGGCAUUCACACACCAUAUUUUUAUCAGUCAGGACCUGCUCCCGGAGCCGUGUUUGCGAUGCAUGUCGAGGAUGCCAAACUCUGCUCAGUCAACAUACUCUAUAAGGGUCGAAAGAUUUGGAUCGUCAUCCCACCACGAUCUCGAGAACGGCUCGAGCAACGCUUACGGGAGGAUAACCCGGACGCCCGCUGCUGCUCUCAGUUUGUGCGACAUCUCAGUGUUUUCGUACCGUUGUAUAAGCUCAAGGCAUGGGACGUUGACUUCAGCAUCGUCGAUCAACGAGCGGGUGAGGCGGUGAUAACGUUUGAAGAUACAUACCACGAAGGGUUCAGUGUUGGAUCUUCCGCUGCUGAGGCCAUUAAUUAUGCCGCCAAAGACUGGAAUACGGAGAAGUACACAUUCUGCAGUCGUGGUUGCCCUGGCCCUUGGAUUGAUGCGAGUUUUCUUACGGUGCCUGUCCCUGCAGCGCGCGAGAGCGCAUCGGGUGGUCCUUGCCAGGUAAUUUCGGAGCACAACCGUGCUCCUCGACCGAGGCGGCAGCCCGUACUUUCAGACAGCGCAUCAACUCGCGUUCAAGAUACCCCAGGCCACCUGCCCUGUUCUGAUAAACACCCAUGCUUAUACACCGGCAUAGAUAGGGUGUAUCAACAAGCGCUAGAAGAUGUGGUUGCCAUACAACAACAACAGAAGGCGAGAAUCCUGCAGUUGAUUAUGCAAUCCUCCCCGAAUUUCGAAAACCCUGUUGUUGAGCAGCGUCCAUCAGAGACUCAGAAAGUGAUAGCUCGGAUCGUCCACUCUCGCCGUCGUAUCUCAGGAUGUUACCUCUCUUUACGACAUGACUACAUGAAACUCGCGUCAAUAUAUGUCAGGGAAGUCAGCCGCAUCAAGGACGGAAAGCGCAUUCAAAUGGACAGGCAACGACGGCUAGCAAACCAAGGUGUCAGAUCAGGGAAGGGGAGAGGCAAAGAGCCAAAAACGCUCGCCCUCGAGUUAAUGCUGGGAAACCCGCCACACAUGUCUAAGUCAGAUCUCGAGCGUUGCAUCAAAUGGGGUGAUUGCUUGACCAAACUUUGCGCCAAACUGGGCCGCCAAUGCCUCGGAACAUUUCCUACAGCUGUCUGUGUUGAGCUGACUGCCAACUUUUCAACCGGACUCUCACAUUUUCCAGAGCUUGCAAGACCUAUCACGCCUGAGGAGUAA